AUGGCAAAACUACUCUUGGGUUUGCUCCUUGUCCUUGUCAUUAUAGGGACAGCAUCGGCCGAUAACUGUGAUAAAGAUGCGGAAGCCAUGAAGCAAGAGUGCAAGAAGUUCGAGGUGUUCCCCGCGAACCCAAAGUUGCAACCGUCGCCGGCAUGCUGCGCUGUGUGGCAGAGGGCAGACAUCCCAUGCCUAUGCAAAAGGGUCACCCCGGAAGUAGAGAAGGUGUGGUGCAUGGAGAAGGUCGUGUAUGUCGCCAACUACUGCAAGAAGCCUUUUACACCUGGCUACAAGUGCGGGAGUUAUACGGUUCCUAAAAGCCUCUAA